GAAAAUCUCUCACGCUUCACUUGUGCUUACAGACAGUUACAAGAACUGAGAGAAAGAUGGAAGGUGGUAAGAAGGCAGAGGAAGCAGCAGGACCAUCAUGUGCAGGAACCAACCAAGAAAUGCCUCAUCACCCAAAUGAAGAAGAAGAUGAAGAAACUGAGGACGAGAAAGAAGAAGAUGAACAUGACUUUGAAACUGAUCACCAUCAAAAUACCACCUUUCAACCUGGCCCUCUUCUUCCUCUCAAGGACCAAAUCGAACGGGACAAGGAGGAUGAAAGCCUAAGGAGGUGGAAGGAGAAGCUGUUGGGGUGCUUAGAAAGCGAUUUUGACGGUCAAGUGGAUCCUGAAGUGAAAUUCCACUCUAUUGGCAUAGUCUCUGAGGAUUUUGGCGAAGUUGUGACUCCUUUACCAUUGAAUGAAAAUCAAAAUGCUCGUGUUCUAUUCACUCUCCGGGAAGGGUCUCAUUAUCAGCUUAAGCUAAAAUUUAGUGUUCUUCACAACAUUGUGUCUGGCUUGAAAUACUCCAACACUGUUUGGAAAGGAGGGAUUCAAGUUGAUCAGAGCAAAGGAAUGCUGGGUACGUUCGCGCCUCAAAAAGAACCUUAUGAACAUGCAUUGAAAGAGGAGGUCACUCCGUCUGGUGUACUUGCAAGGGGUGUAUACUCAGCCAAACUUAAGUUUGAAGAUGAUGAUAGAAGGUGUCACAUGGAACUCAAAUAUUCAUUCGAGAUCAAAAAGAGCAUCUAGCCUUGGUUCUUGCCACAUUCAUGCCCCAUUUUGGAAAAGGAAAAAAAUGCUCCCUCAAAAUUCUUAUAGUUUGAAUAUUGAAAUUCCAUCAGUGCAUGUUAGUGAUGUUGCUUAGUGACAUUAUUGUUUUAUUACUUGUAUGCUUGCUUAUUAAUCAUAGAAGAUGAGCACUGUGGUGAACUGGUGAUGGCUUAUUCUGUGGUUGAUAAAUCAUGUUAGGAACAAGAAAUAUCUGCACAAACACAAUUUCGCAAGCUGAAACAGAUGCUUUUCUUAAUCUGAAAAUUGUUUAUGUACAAAAUUCAAUGUCUA